AUGAUGAAAACUUGCAGUCCUUUCAAUUCACCAGCUGCCAUACAAAUGGCCAAGGAGCAUGUGGAACGGGAUUAUGCUGUAGUUGGCAGCUGGGAAGACACAAACAUCACGUUAAGCGUCUUUGAGCGCUAUAUUCCACGUUUCUUCCGCGGUGCUAAACUUAUGUAUGAGAUGCACAAUAACAAGAUCACGAAUCGGAACAAGAACAAACGCAAACCCUUCAUUGAGCCUGAGGUCAAGGAGAUGAUUAGGAAAAACUUUACCCAUGAGUAUGAGUUUUACCACUUCUGCAAGCAGCGUCUGUACAAACAGUAUUUGGCCCUCAAUCUGCAUGAGCUGGACAAGCAUGGAUUGUUAAAGUAGUUGACCUAACAUACGUAUAUAGUAGUAGAUAAACAUAAUACUUGAAUGCAUUAAAAGAAUUUCCAAACAUUUUGUUAGUAGAAUUAUUGAACAAACAAAAAAAAAUACUCGUCCACUCCACAUACAUAUUUUUGUGUGUCAAUUUUGUGUCUAAUCCUUUAUGUGGGUCAAGUGCUCCUAAUCCUACCCUACUCCUUACCAAUCCAC